AUGAGUACCUUGUCAACCAUUUGUCAGAAACAUAUCAAACACAUAGAAGCAUUCUGCUCGGAUGAUUGUUCUUUGUUAUGUAUAAACUGCAUUCUCUAUGAUGGUCACAAAGGCCAUUAAUUUCAAUCAUUAGAAGAUAGUUUACGAAUGGAAUUGAAUAGAUUCUACUCCAUCUCUGAAAAUGUCCAAUAGAAUCAUCAGAAAGCCAUCAAGCAAUUUCAAUAGUUAGCAUAAAUGAACGACCAACUCGAUAUCGAAUACCAAAGACUCAACAUCGAAAUCACUAAAUUUUUCAAUUCAAUUCGCCAAUCCAUUCAAGAACGAGAAUCCAAACUGCAAGAACAAUUAAAUCAGUCACUCAUCAACCAGAAAUAGCAAAUAUCUCAAAACCAAUAAAAGCUGCAAACACAACUCUAGGAUAUUAAUGAUUAUUUGCAAGAACUCUCGGAACUCGAUGAAAAGUCUUAAGAUCCUAUCAAGUUUCUAUAAACAACCCAAAGUCGAACCAAACUCAUUAAUAAACUACCGAAAUCAAUAGUUACAAUAGAUUAAGCCAUCAAAUUUCCAGAACUAAAUAAAGAACACGAAAAUCAAAACAUUAUUAAGGUUUUGUCCAAAAAGACCAAUUAAUAAUAAGUGUUACCUCCUCCACCUACUUAAUAGACUACAUCCACUCAAUAAAAAAUAGUGUAAUCUAUCAAAAAGACUAACAAUAAUUAGUAGUAACAAUCUUAUAAUGCUUAAUAUCAAUAACAAUAAUAGAAUUAAAUACUUUAACAGUAAUCUCAACAACAAAAAAAAAUGAAUCAAUCCAAAAAGGUACCGUUAUGUGAAAAUAAUGGGCCUUGUGCUGUCCAAAUUAAUCUUAAAAAGAAGGUGGAGGAAAAAUAAAUUAAUCAAGUGAGAUUGACCAACUUUUAAGAAGCCAGAAAUCAGAUGAAAGAAAGAAAUUAUGAAAAAAGUGUAGAACGAAGAAAAGAUAGAGAUCAUAGUACUCCUCGAAGAUUAUUUAAAAAUUAAUCAAAAGUUAGUUAGGAUCCAUAAUCACCUUUUAUGCAUUAGGAAGACUCAAAAUAAGAAUUCAACACUUUCUUAAAUUCAAUACAAGAUUUCGAACCUGAAUUGACUAAUGUUAGUCACAUGUCUAUGGAUUUUCAAUAUAUCACAAUAGGCGGUUUUGUUGAUAGUUUAAAAUAAAUAGUUGAAAAAUAUGAUAUUAAAACAGAUUAUGCUAGCGAAAAAGAUUCAUUAAAGAAUAACAGAUGUAAAUUUGGAAUUGCACAUUUAAUCAAUGGAAAUGUGUUAUUAAUGGGUGGCAAAGUGGAUGGUGUUCGUAUUGAUACUUGUGAAGAGUAUAAUUAUAAAGAUAAAAAAAUUAUCCCAUCAAAAAUAAAAUUACCAUCAUCCAGAAGUGGAUUCGGAACAUUGAAUGUUAAUCAAUUUAUUUAUGUAAUUGGUGGCAAUGAUGGUCAAGAGAAUUUAAAAGAUUUCGACUGUUUUAAUUAGAUUGACAAUAAUUGGAUUAAGUUCCCAACCAUGAUUGAGGCCAGAGAUGAAUUGGCUGUAUGCAUGUAUGAAAAUGCAAUCUUUGCCAUUGGAGGAUUUGGAGGACAAUUCAACACUUGUCUCAAAACUGUUGAAGUGUUUACUUCAGGGAAAUGGGGUCAUUGUGCUCCUUUAAAUAUACCAAGAAGAGCCUUGGCAGGUGUUUCCUUACCAGAUGGGAUAUAUGCAAUAGGAGGAUUUGAUGGCACUUAAUAUUUGAAUAGUGUUGAAAAGUAUGAAGAUGGUAGAUGGACCUUAAUUGAAUCUAUGAUCCAUCCAAGAUGCACACUUUCAGCAUUACCAACUCCAGAUAAUUAAUACAUUUAUGUAUUCGGAGGAUUUGAUAAUGGUCCUCUUGAUUCGGUUGAAAAAUAUUCGGUAUUGAGUGGCAAUUGGGAAGAAAUAAACUCAAUGUUAGCUAAACGAUUUAUGCAUUAAACUUUUAUUACACUCGCAUGA